UUUUUUGCCGGUACUCUCGUCAAAACAAUCGCCGAUAAUUUAAAAUAAUCCAACAUUCAUUUCAAAGUAUCAACAAUCAUGACGAUCAAGCGUGGCGCGUUGUUGGUCUUGGAAGGGUGCGACAGAGCUGGAAAAUCCACGCAAGUCCAAAAAUUGGUCACAGAGUUGACCGCACGUGGGAUAUCGGCAGAAGUCCGGAGAUUUCCCGACAGAACAACCGAAGUUGGUAAGAUGAUAGAUAAAUAUCUGUCACACGCAGUGGAACUUCCCGCAGAGACUGUUCACCUCUUGUUUUCAUCAAAUAGAUGGGAAAACUGUACAGAGAUGAAGAAAGCCAUUCUAUCUGGUACCACAUUGAUCGUCGAUAGGUAUGCUGGCUCUGGAGCUGCUUAUACUGCAGCAACAACAGGGAAAGACCUCUCUUGGUGCAAAGAACCUGACCGAGGGCUUCCAAAACCCGAUUUAGUCGCUCUUCUCGAAGUCAGUGAGGAUGUACAGGCAUCACGUGCCGGCUGGGGAAGCGAGCGUUUUGAACGUAUUGAGCUGCAGCAAAAGAUUUCGUCUAAUCUUCAUCAGUUAAUGGACGAGAGCUGGGUAACCGUCAAUGGUAAUGAUGAUAUCGAUAAAGUACAUGCAAAGCUGUUGACUCUGGCUCUUUCUACGAUAGAAACGGUAAAAAAUAAACCUUUAGGUGAGCUUUACAAUUCUAAGCCACUUUGAUGAAGUUUGUAUUC